AUGGAGCUGCCUGCAACCUUUUUAUCUGAAGACCAGUUCACCUGCUCGAUCUGUCUGGAGGUGUUCAACAACCCAGUCUCAACUCCAUGCGGCCACAGCUUCUGCCAGGCCUGCAUCUCCUCCUACUGGGAUGGAGGACGGGGCACCAAGUUCUACGAGUGUCCACUCUGUAAGGAGUCCUUCCGCAAGCGACCAGAGCUCCAUAUUAACCGAACCCUGAAGGAAAUCACUGAACAAUUCAAGCAGAUAGCCAACGCUGUGCCAAUGGAUGGAAGAGGUGGAGGAGGAGUGGAGGAUCCAAACUCACAUCCGCACCAUUGUCAUCACUUGGCCCUUUCUCCACCCCAGAGGCCGGGGGAGAUGCCAGAGACCAUCUUUGCUGAGAUGAUGACUCGUUUUCAGCGGCUGUCGUCUCCUGAGAUGCCUCACACCAACCUAUCCUGUCCCAAUGACCCUCAAAGCUCCAGUCCAGUCAACAAUGAGCACCACGAUCCGCCUCCACCCUACUCACCUCCCCGCAGCUGUGUGGAGACAGCAGAGCACCGAGGACACCACGUCAUCCCUGCCAAAAGAGAGUGGCACAUCAAGAAGUCCCAGUUGGGUAUUGCAGAGGUGGAGUUGACGGAUCUCAUCUGUGAGAGAGAGAGGAAAGUUGAGGAAAUACACAACUCCUUACAAGAGAUACAGGCUGUUGCUGAGAGAGAGACACAUGGAACUGUUUGUGUGUUUUCUAAGCUGAUCUCCAGUUUGGAGCGCUGUCAAGCUGAAGUCUUGGAGGUGAUGGAGACGAGUCGGCGAGCGGCUGAGCACAGAGCUCAGGGCCUGCUGACGGAGCUGCAGGAGGAGAUCACUGAGCUCAGGAAGAGGAGGACAGCAGUGAGCCAGCUGGCUCUGUCUGAAGACUACAUACUCUUCUUCAAGAAGUUCCCCAGCCUGUCCACCACUCCACAAGCUAAGGACUGGUCCUCUGUCUCUGUGGUGUCUGAGCUGACCUCGGGGGGGAUUCUCAGGACUGUCAAUCAAAUGAUGGAGCGCUUUCAGGAAGAGAUUCAGAAACUCCCUGAAGUCUGCCAGCAAUCCUCGUCGGACCAGACUGUACCGAGGCCCAACCCAAAGAUAAGGAGGGUUCAAGAAUAUGCAGCCAACAUCAUUUUAGAUGCCAACACAGCCCACCCCCGUCUCCUCAUCUCAGCAGAUGGGAAGCAGGUUCGAUGUGGGGACCGCCAUCAGUCGCUACCCGACAACCCUGAGCGCUUUGACCGGGUGGUGUGUGUGCUAGCCCGCCAGGGCUUCAGCUCAGGACGCCAUUACUGGGAGGUGGAGGUGGGAGCGAAGACUGACUGGGACCUGGGAGUGGCAAGCUGCUCCGUCAAUAGGAAGGGCAAAAUCAGCGUAAGCCCCGCCCAUGGCUACUGGUUCCUGAGCCUGCGGGAUCGGACCGACUUCGCCUUCCGAACAGAACCCUCAACUAGCCUGACAGUCAACCUCAGACCGUCCCGGAUUGGAGUCUAUGUGGACUGUGAUAAGGGACUGGUGUCCUUCUACAACGUGGAGGCCAGAUUACUCAUCUACACAUUCACAGAUCUUUUUUCUGACAACAUCCAUGCGUUCUUCAGCCCUUGUACUAAUAAGUCAGGACGGAAUGAGGCUCCACUUAUCAUCUGCCCCGUUGAAGAUUGAAAUGUUAACCAACAUGUUGAGGACUUCUUUAUACUUCAUGCAUGUUGGAACAAACACCUCUGCAACAGAUCUGAUCGCAUCUGCUCUUCAUUCCUUCAUUGCAAUAGAGUAGAUCAUGAGCAGGCCAUUUGUUUACUCAGGUUAUUUUAGGUGUCUAAUACUUUUAGACCUCUGUUCGAACAUUCAGAAUCUUCAUGUGUGGCCCUAUUUAGCACUGAAAAAUGAGAAGUAUUCAGACACACUUGAGCCCAGAGAUCCAGCUGAAACCAAAGGCAACAAAAUGUUUUUUAGGCUGAGUGGCAACAUAAAAAGUAAAGAGGAGAACAGGAUCCACACGAGCAGCACAUUCUUAUUACAAUAACGUGAUGAAUGAUAGCCUUCGCCGAACUUAGGUUCAAAGCCAAGUUAGCAUUAGCAUGUUCACAGCAUAUUAUAUACAUGGCUACAGAUAGCAUGCUAACAUCAUGUUAUUAUUAGAACUACAUACUGGAAACCAUUUAUCCAAAUCAAGCAUCUCAUUCAACACAAACAUCCAAACUGUUCAGGCUUCAUGUGUUGUAGAAUCCUGUUUAAAGACUUCCUGCUGGCUCAUGUGAGUGGCAUGAAAAUAAUUGACUUACUUUAUGUGGCUCUUUGUGAAAGUCAAAAUGAUGUUGUAGUUUUAACUUGACACUACUUUAAAAACGUGUUAUUAUUAUUGUGUUUACUAGAAUAUCAUGCAAUAGUUUACGCGACACUUCAUUUGAACCUACUGAUCAGCAUUUUUACGGUGUGGUUGACAGAAAGAUACCAAAAUAAUUUUGUUCCAGCUCACUGUCCACAGAAAAUUCUAAAUGUGUACAGCUGUGUGUCUGAGCAGCUUUUAACUGGCACAUUGUUUCAUUCACUUUCAUUUUUGGAUUUUUUGGUCACAACACAAGUAUUCACAGAACAUUGUGAAGCCAUGUGGACAUGACGUUUGUUCUGUUGUCAAGAGCACAGGGAACAUGAAUGCUGUAAUGGAUUACAGAAGUGAUGAUGUCGCUCUUUUUUCCCUCUUUACUCUUAAAGUCCAGAUGAAAUGAAAAUAGUUUUCUUCUGUUUGCUCUGUAUUGAUUUGUUUUCUGUGUCUUUUCAGCACUGUGGUCAACUUCGGUUGUUUUUAAAUGUGCUAUACAAAUAAAGUUUGACUUGAAUUGACUUAAGUGUCCAUAAUUCAUUUUUAUUUGUUCAAAAUGUAAAUUAAAGGAAGAUUUUUUAAGUAUUUAAUACUCUUUUGACACUACCCCAUUGAGUACAUUAUUCUUA